AAGCCCCCCACACACUACACACACAAGGGCAAUCGCAGACAAACCUACCAAGUGAUAGAGAUUGAGAGAGAGUAUUCACACAACUGGUCUUAAACCUUGGCUUUUUCCUCUCCACCACCACUAGCGAGCGAUAGAGAGAGCUCUCAAACCCCAAACAAGAGAGAAGCUAAGAGAAUCAACUCCAUCCUUCUUCAUCAGUUGUAUAUCGAGCAGAGGUCUUCCCUUCCCUACAAUCCUUUCCUAGAAAGUAAAACUCUUUCUCUGAUAACCCUUUUGUGCUUUUCGUCCAUAGAAGUGCAUACCAUCUUCAAAAACUUCCGUUUUGCUUUCAUUUUUGGUCGUAUCAGAGGGAAGGAAAGGAGAAGAAACACCCACAAAGGCCACAAGCAAAAGGACUCUCGCUUUUGUUUUCUCUUUGAUCUUUCUUGAAUUUAGGUUGUGAGAUUUUAGUAGGUGGGUAUGAGUGGAAAGAUUGAAGAAGAUCAAGGAGAGUGUUCGCAAACCAUCAACAAUUUCCACAACACCCCCCACCACCUACAAGAUCACUACCACCACCAACAACAGCUGCUCCUCCAGAUGCACCACCACCACCAAAACGACCACGCUUUUGGCGGCGCAGUCUUCCACCCGGACCUCCAAGUCCCGCCGUCCGUCCUCCCAUGGCCCCUCCCGCAGGCCCACCCAGCCUUCAACCCUGUCCGCGAGCCCGACCCCUUCCUCCUCCCUCCCCCGCCGCCUUUGCCACCGUCGCCCUACGGCGGCUUCUUCAAUCGAAGGGCCCCUCCCUUGCAAUUCGCCUAUGACGGCGGCCCAGCUUCGGACCAUCUCCGGAUCCUAUCGGACGCCCUUGCGGCGGGCGCAGCGGUUCAUCCGGGUGCCACCGCCACUGUCGCGCCGUUUGGUCUCCAAGCCGAGCUGGGGAAGAUGACGGCUCAAGAGAUAAUGGACGCCAAAGCCCUGGCCGCCUCGAAGAGCCACAGCGAGGCCGAGAGGAGGAGGCGAGAGAGGAUCAACAACCACCUCGCUAAGCUGCGUAGCUUACUUCCCAGCACCACUAAAACCGAUAAGGCCUCAUUGCUCGCGGAAGUGAUCCAGCACGUGAAGGAGCUGAAGCGCCAGACGUCCCUGAUCGCCGAGACAAGCCUGAUCCCGACUGAGACCGACGAGCUCACAGUGGACGCGUCGGACGAAGAAGUUGACGGCAAGCUCGUGAUCAAGGCGUCACUGUGCUGCGAGGACCGGUCCGACCUCUUGCCUGACCUCAUCAAGACCUUGAAGGCAUUGCGGCUGAGAACGCUGAAGGCUGAAAUCACCACGCUUGGUGGGCGCAUGAGGAACGUCUUGUUCGUCACCGGUGAUCACGAUCACGACUCGAGCGGCAACAAUGGAGAGCACCAAGAACAGCAGCAACACAUACAACAGUACUCAAUAAGUUCAAUACAGGAGGCACUCAAAGGGGUGAUAGAGAAAGCUGGUGGGGGCGAUGAGUCCUCUUCUGGGAAUGUUAAGAGGCAAAGGACUAACGUCAAUAUCCUCGAACACAGGUCUCUCUAACAAUGUCAACCAUAUCUAAAUCUUCUUCUAACUUCCUUUUUCUCCAUCUCUACUCUUUCUUUCUUUCUUAUUUUCCUUAUGCUUGCGGGUGUUUUCUUUUGUCUUUUUCUUUUUGGAGGGUUUUGGUGUGUGCUUGUGUCUCUCGGCCACUAAACAGCAGGCAAUAUGAUGGUGCUUUUUUUUUUACCACGUACACGGCUCCAUUUAAUGGAGAAACAAGAGGCAAAAAAAUGGUGUUGUACAUGUGUGGUUGGUGGGAAAAUUCCCGCAUUAUUUUCUGGUGCUUCUGGUCUGGUUUGGGCUUUUGGCAGAGAGAUAUGUAAGUUUGAAAAGAAGAAAGAGAGCGAGAAAUCUUUUUCGUGACAGGAGAAAACUUCUGAGAAAUCCCAUUCAAGGAAAUGUGAGAAACUGAUUGCUCUAGGGUUUUUCAUUUGAGUCGGGUCCAGUUUAUAUCUGUCGAUCUUCUGGUUGUUCUUCUUACUGUAUAUGGACAGUGUGUACGACGUACUACGUGUGCCAUUUGGUCUCUCUGGGUUGCGUGACGAUGAUGUUCUCUCGUCCCAACCUUCGCCAUGACCAUCGUCACCGUCUUCUUCAAUGGGUCAUGUUUUCGAGGGUUUUUAUUUGCA